UCCUCCCCCCCACCCUUUGUCUUCUCUCUCUCUCUCUGGUCGGCGAAGAAAGAAAGAACUAAGAGAAAAAAAGAAAAAGCAGUCAUGGUUUCGACAAGGCGGAGCGGAUCUCUCUCGAGUAAUAACAGCAAGAGAUCUUCUUCCGACGAGAAGCCCUCUUCGCCGAAGCGACAAAAGGUGGAAAAUGUUGCCGGAGCUGAGAAGUCGACUCAGACAUCGGGAUCUUCAGACAAUUCGAAGGAAUCAUGUUCAUUGCCAUCUUCGGACCCCGUAGAAUGUACUCCAGUCGAUCCUCCAAUCUGUGAUGGAAGCGGAGCCGACGCUUUGGAUUCUGGCAAGGGGGAGAAAGAGGACAAGGGAGCUUCUCCUGCAGUUCCCGUGUCGACACCGAUCGCUGAAGGGUCUUCGACGAUUGUGGGUGAUAAAACAAGGACUUCUUUCUCUUCGUGGAGUUUGUAUCAGAAGCAGAACUCAAGUUUUGACACUUCGACUCCUUGGUGCAAACUUCUGUCGGAGUACCCACAGAAUCCGCAUGUUCCCAUCUAUUCACCUCUUUUCACCAUUGGUUCAAGUAGAAACUGCAAUUUGUCUUUAAAGGAUCCAAACAUUAGUGCGGUUCUAUGCAAGAUCAAGCACACACAGCGUGACAACAGUGUCAUUGCCAUGAUCGAAAGCACAGGGAGCAAGGGAACUGUGCAUAUAAAUGGGAAGUUGCAAAAGAAGAACAGCAGCUGUGUCCUCAACUCCGGGGAUGAAGUUAUCUUUGGUUUAGCGGGAAAUCACGCAUAUAUAUUUCAGCUACUUGUACCUGAGUUUGUGGCUAAAGUACCUUCAUCAGUUGGAGUUGCAGAGCCCAGCUGUGUGGGUAAGGGGCUGAACCUUGAAAGGAGGUCUGGUGAUCCUUCUGCUGUGGCUGGGGCUUCUAUUUUGGCAUCUUUGUCAGGCUUGAGAGAAGAUUUAUCUCUGUUGACACCUCCAGCUCAGAAUCCUGGUGAAACCCCCCAAGGAACCGAGGGGCCAACAAGUCAACUUGCUCGUCCUGAAAUUGACCUUGAUGGACCACAAGGGAAAGGGAAUCCUGAUCCAAGUGCAGGCAGUGAUAAAGUUUCUGAGGCUGGAGCUACCAACAAAAGCUUUCAUCUUGACAACAACCACGACUCUGGUGUAGAAUCAGAUAUUGUAAAACUCUCUGGGGUGAAUGAUUCACUAAGACCUUUCUUGCGGAUGUUGGCUGGAUCAUCUAGUUGUGACCUGGAAUUGAGCAAACAUAUCUUUAAACAGGUAUUAGAGGAAAGAAAAGAAUGGACGAGGGAUUCACAUCAAGCAUCGACAUCAGGCGUUUCACCCAAAUGUGCAGCUUUCAAAGAAGAUAUUCAAGCUGGGAUUCUUGAUGGUAGAGAAAUAGAGGUCACAUUUGACAAUUUUCCAUACUACUUGAGUUCAAGUACCAAAAAUGUUUUGAUUAAUGCUGCAUUUAUACACCUGAAGCGUGGAGAAUAUGCAAAAUAUACAUCAGACCUUCCUACUGUAAGCCCAAGAAUUUUACUAUCUGGUCCUGCAGGGUCUGAGAUAUAUCAGGAGAUGUUGUCAAAGGCACUUGCUAAUUAUUUUGGGGCUAAAUUGCUUAUAUUUGAUACCCACUCAUUUUUGGGUGGUUUAUCCUCGAAGGAUUCAGAUGUUCUAAAAGAUGGACUAAAAGCAGAAAAAAUAUGUAGUUGUUCAAAGCAACGCCCUGGACAUGCUGAUGUUGCUAAGAUCAACAUUCCUCUGGCUGGGGAAGCAGAUAUGCCUGAUUCUUCAAGUACACCUUGUGGUCUGGACUCUCAAACAAAGUUGGAGACAAAUACUGCACCGUCAACUUCCGGGACUACUAAGACUCAUCUUUUUAAAAUGGGUGACAGAGUAAAAUUUGUGGGUAUGGUUCACAAUACCUCAUAUUCAGCAACUUUGCCUGCAAGGGGCCCAACAUAUGGAUACAAGGGUAAAGUUCUUUUACCAUUUGAAGAUAACAUGGCAUCCAAAAUUGGUGUACGAUUUGACAAACCUAUUCCUGAAGGUGUUGAUCUUGGUGGUCUAUGUGAAGGAACACAUGGUUUCUUUUGCAAUGUGAAUGAUCUUUGUCUGGAGUCUCCGGGGACAGAAGAUUUGGACAAAUUACUCAUAAACACAUUGUUUGAGGUUUUAUCUAGUGAGAGUAGAAACACUCCUUUCAUUUUGUUUAUGAAAGAUGUUGAAAAGUCUAUUGUUGGGAAUUCUGAAUCAGCAUCAACAUUUAAGAGCAAGCUGGAAAAGCUUCCUGAUAAUGUUGUCAUAAUUGGUUCCCACACCCAGACUGAUAGCCGCAAGGAAAAGUCACAUCCAGGAGGUCUUCUUUUCACAAAAUUCGGAAGCAAUCAGACAGCCCUUCUUGACUUUGCUUUUCCGGAUAGUUUUGGUAGACUGCAUGACAGAAACAAGGAAAUCCCCAAAACAACAAAAAUGUUGGCAAAACUGUUCCCUAAUAAAGUGACCAUACACAUUCCCCAGGAUGAAGCUGUGCUUGCAAGCUGGAAAAAUCAGUUAGAUCGAGAUGCUGAAACCCUCAAAGCAAAGGGAAAUUUGAAUAACCUCCGUAAUGUCUUGAGCCGCAGUGGCCUGGAUUGUGAUGGACUUGAGACAUUAUGCAUUAAGGAUAUAUCUCUUACACCAGAAAGUGCAGAAAAGGUAGUUGGAUGGGCUUUAAGCCACCAUCUAAUGCACAACACAAAAUUAGUUGCAGAAGCAAAACCCGUUUUGUCCAGUGAGAGUAUCCAGUAUGGGAUUGGGAUUCUGCAGGCCAUCCAAAGCGAGUCAAAAAGCUUGAAGAAGUCCCUCAAGGAUAUUGUAACAGAGAAUGAAUUUGAGAAGAGGCUCCUAACUGAUGUUAUUCCACCUAGUGAUAUUGGAGUAACCUUUGAUGACAUUGGGGCUCUUGAAAAUGUGAAAGAUACACUUAAAGAAUUGGUGAUGCUUCCUUUACAGAGGCCUGAGUUGUUCUGCAAGGGGCAGCUAACAAAGCCUUGCAAGGGUAUACUUUUGUUUGGUCCCCCAGGAACUGGUAAAACCAUGCUUGCAAAGGCUGUGGCCACAGAAGCUGGUGCAAAUUUCAUCAACAUCUCAAUGUCUAGCAUUACAUCUAAGUGGUUUGGAGAGGGUGAGAAGUAUGUAAAAGCUGUUUUCUCACUAGCAAGUAAAAUUGCUCCUAGUGUUGUAUUUGUUGAUGAGGUUGACAGCAUGUUGGGCCGGAGAGAAAAUCCAGGGGAACAUGAGGCCAUGCGCAAAAUGAAAAAUGAGUUUAUGGUUAAUUGGGAUGGAUUGCGCACAAAAGAUAAAGAACGUGUUCUGGUACUUGCUGCCACAAAUAGACCUUUUGACCUUGAUGAGGCUGUUAUUAGACGGCUGCCACGCAGAUUGAUGGUUAACUUGCCAGAUGCUCCAAAUAGAGCAAAAAUCCUGAAGGUGAUUCUGGCAAAGGAGGACUUGUCUCCAGAUAUUGAUCUGGAUGUAAUUGCAAGUAUGACUGAUGGAUAUUCUGGAAGUGAUCUUAAGAAUCUUUGUGUUACUGCUGCACAUUGUCCAAUUAGAGAGAUACUGGAAAAGGAAAAGAAGGAGCGUGCUGCAGCAAUGGCUGAAGGUAGACCACCUCCAGCUCUGAGUGGGAGUGAAGACAUUCGGCCUCUAAGCAUGGACGACUUCAGAUAUGCUCAUGAACAGGUUUGCGCUAGUGUGUCAUCUGAGUCGGUAAACAUGAGUGAGCUGCUACAGUGGAAUGAACUCUAUGGGGAAGGGGGAUCCCGAAAGAAGAGAGCUCUAAGCUACUUCAUGUGAAUUGUGAAAGCACCAAAAGUUGAGAAAUCAAAAAUUAUGUUACUUGUCUUAACUCCAUUUGUAAAGCCAAAAGAGGCGCUGUUGCUGCUGUGCAAGAGAUGCUGAUCAUUCUCUCCGUUUGCCUAACGGGGGAAGGUACAAUGCAAAGAGAAGCUCAGGGAGGCAUGCUGUCGUUCGUGUAUACUAUGAAUUGUAAUAUCAUACAUUAGAUACAUGCACGAGUGUUUUAUUUUGUUUUUUUUUGAGUUUUUUCCGUAUGGGUGGUCUCCAGGUGGUAAAAGGAAGGGGACCUUCCCAAAGUUUUUGGCAUGUCUCUGUUUCUCAUCUUGCGCUCUCCCAUCUCUUCGCCAAUGUCUCGUUGCUGGGUUGUAUAAAAUGUCUGAAAUCAAAUUUUAUUAUAAUAAUAUAUUUAUGGAUA